GUAACUAAUCAUCCAUGUUUAAAAGAGCCAGGUUCAGUGAGUGGGUAUGGUGGAUGGAAGACAAGCCUGAAGUAUAAACUUGCCAACUACCGAACAAAACUCAGACUGCUUGGGUGUCCUGAAGUUGCUGUGAAUGCCUUGAAACACAAACCUGAGAGCAAAUGCUGUCCUGCAUAUGGUGUGAAGAAGCCAAAAAAAGCAGAAGUAAAUUACUGCCCCAACUAUCCAGCCGGUGAAACAGCAGAGACGCUGGAAGAGUUGAGAGUUACUCUCCUCUCAGAAGUGAAAAAGAGAAACAAUGAGCAGAAGUUGGCAGAAAUGAUGGACAAGACUUUUGCACUCAGAAGGCAAGAGGUAGUUGGAGAGGCCCCCAUGAUAGCUGAUUUCAAAACGAGGUGGCCAGCCCUCUUCCAUGUGCGUGAGGUGAGUGCAGAGUUCAAGAGAAUCACAACAAUCCAUUUGCAGUCAACAUUCUUCUCCAGGGUGGAUGCUCACUCUGCAAACCUAAUGAAGGCGUAUGCCAAGAAAGGUGGAGUUCAAGGAAGAAAAAUCAAGACCAUCAUGGCACCCAUGACCCAGAAUGACACUAUUGAAGUCAGAAGAGAAUGCAUCCUCAAAGGUCUCUGCGUGUACUUGAAUGAAGAUCCAGAGAAGCUUGUGAAGGAAUACCUGGAUGUCGAUGAAGGUGCUCAAACGGCCAUAGCAGAAACUGUCUUUGGAAUCUUUGUCAUUCGAGCAGAAGGUGCAGAGCCUGGCGACAACCCCGUUGAUGUGGGGAUUGUCCUUGAGGGGGUGGAAGUGAUGAGUAACUUAGGAAAUGUAUCUUUGGCUGUGGUGAUGUUGUUGGGUCUUGUCUAUGCGCUAAAUCUGAGCUACCCUCAGGAGCUCAGGUAUACUUUUGAGGUUCUUCAGAAAAUCAUUUUGGAAUUGGAUGGACACAAACUGUCCAACAAAGCACAAGUUCUCAAAACACUGCUCUCCCGCUGAGAAACUUUCUACAGCAUCAUCCUAACCUGAGGAAAACACAUAUACCAACAAUUUUCAUGGCACUAGCUUAUAGAACCUGACCUAUAAUCAUUUCUCAAAGACUGUACAGUCUAAAACAAGAUUUGUUAGAUAAAGUUAUGGAGCAAAUUUACUGAUACCCUUUACUUUGUUAGAUUUGGAAUUUGAUUUCUAUCCUAAACAGUACUUGAGACUGCCCACUAUUGGCUAAAAAAUAAGAAACUUUUACCUUGUUUUGUUUUGUGUUUUAGUUACAUCAGCACAUUAAACUACAUAUGUUAUGCAAAUGUAAAGGAAUGUGAGCAUAAAAACAGGGCCCCAUUUCUCAGUAUUAGUGUUUAGCUCAUCUGUUUUUUUGUGCUCUGUUAUUUAAUGUUUUUCUCUGCAGGGUCCAGUCUAUUGGCACUUACUGAUAGGCUGAAUUAUUUUUAAGUUUCUUGUAACUAACUAAAGACUCUAAAGUUUGUUUGUUUUUUUAAAAAAAGCUUAAGCACUUACAUUGGUUAUUUGAGGACUUAAACUAAUUGUAAGAGCUCCCAUUUGUCUUAUGUUUUCACCCUUAAUGCCAACCAGACUGUAGACAAAAUGUGUCCCUGCUGACUUGUGAAUGUAAACAUUUUAAAUAGGUGUAUAAAUAAGGUUCUAACUUUGUUUAAUGUUUUUAUCAAUUUCCGUGUGAGUUAGCCAUCACAUAUAACAACCGGUAAAAGAUUUUCAGUGCAAAUUUUAAUUUUUGAAUAUAGAAGUUUAGUUUUUCUAGUUUUUCAUAACUUAGCAAGCCAACAGUUAUUCAUC